AUGGAAGCUGCGGCGAAGACGGUUGAGGUGCUCUCCCAGCGCAUUUUACCAGAAAAACCACAUCACCUGUCCUUUUCUCCAGCUUGGCGAUAUCGUCCACCGCCCGAGGACGACGCGGCUGAGUCUCGUGGCCCUAAGAGGCGCUUCGAGGAAUGGCAAAAUACCCGUCUCCAAUACUUGACAUUGUUAUCCGAGGCCGAUCGAGGUACACUAUUUACGCGACCCUAUUACGAUAUGCGAGAAGAGCCCGUGAAACCCGUCCCUCGCGAGGUUAGCACGCUCUCAAAAGGAGCAGGUACGGGCGAGAAGAAGAGGCUAUCGUUGAGCGACUACUACAGGAAUAAAAAGACUGGCGCUGCCGCCUCUGCCUCCCCCCCGGAACCCGCUAUUGCUAAAAAGAAGGAGAGUGAACGCGCCGCCGCCGCCGCCGCCGCUGCAGGAGGCCCGGCGGCGUCUACUACCCCGGUACCUGCGAUUGCCGAUAGUAGUAAAUCACAUCAUGAAGUGAAGCGCUCAGAAGGCUCAAAACCACGGGAGCCAGAUUCCACCGCGACAAAACCAAAACCCAGCCGAGACCACAUCAUCGCAGACACGAGACUUCCCCCAAAACCACCUUCUCUACCUCCACGCCCACCGUCACCUGCAGGCAAGCGGCGUAUGAACGAUGGCGACGACGACCGCCCGCAAAAACGAUCGCGGCCUGACGAUCGGUCGCAAUUUAACCGCGACGAGGCAUAUCGCCGUAAAGAAAAGCUUUCAGCCUCAUCGCGGGACCGAGACCGAGAUAGAGAGAGGGAUCGAGAUGCGUCUGCUUCCGCUCCUAGAGAAGACAGAGUCCACCCAUCCACUUCGCUGCCUAAUGGCAAAUCUGUUCUCAAGAGUGCAAUGACCUCUGGUCGGAGUACGUCACCGGCUGGCCGGCCCCGCGGCGAUUCCAUGAAUGGAGUGCGUGGAAGCAGCAGUGCCAAACGUACGACACCCACGAAAGCAGACACCUCCGUGAGAGGUCAUAUACCACCACUGUUGUCGCCCUUGCAUAUAGGUUUUGAGGAAAAGCGUUCGCGCGGCGAUGACGACGAUUCCAGCCCCAGAAAGGAGAGAAUACGACCUGAUAAUGCAGGCGAUGCCGCCGCACCGUCGAAACCAAAAAAGACGGACACCAAGAAGCCUAAACCCGCAGUCAUAAUACCUCCCUUAUUAUCACCUACUUUGCCGCCAGCCAUAGAGGCAGAGCUGAGACGGCUAAAGAAGACCUCUUCGGAUUCAUCAGACGAGCGAACCAAGGAUAGUAGGGACGGUCGACAAGGACGGGAUGCGCUCGGCAUCAAGAGAGAGGAAGACGAUGAGCUCAAACCUGUGAAUAAACUUGGGCACCGUCGGAGGCUGAUCAUUGUGCUUAAUGUGCCAAAGAAGUUACGAGCAGAGUUUGCCAGCGUUGUUGGCCAAGCAUCAUCAAGGCGUAAAGAUUCUCAAAGUCAGUCUGAGCGUGAGCAUGAGCGGAUUCGCGCGGGUAGCGAAGAAGCCGGGCAGCAAGCUCCAGCCAGGAAGAGACCUAUUGGGGCAACCAGUGGUCCAGCAGAUGCGAUUGCCAUGAAGCGGCCGCGGUCAUCCGAUCUAACAGCACAUUCGAAGCUCGGCACACCGGCAACACCUUCCAAGAAGCCAGCAGCCAUGUCACGGGUGAGCUCGACAAACUCGAUUGUCCAAACACCAACAGACGCGGUCAAUUCGACUCCCUCAGCAUCAGCCUCGGCAGAUCGGCGUCCCAACGGAAACGAAGCUGCGCCACCCACGGGAGCUACUCCUGAAGCCAAGGCCAUGAGUGAUAAAGUGGAACGACUCAGGGCAGUUGGACGAAAGUUGAAGCACGAAGCGGAUCAAACAAUGAAGAAAUAUCGUGGGGACACCUCGACCAGCAUACGAGGCAAACCUGGAGAGUCCAAGGUGAAAUCAGGCUUUGCGCUCAGCCUUGAGAGUAUAAUUGUCUUCAUGAUGACAUUUUACGGCGCAGACAUAUGCCGUGGCAUGGAGCACAAGAUUGGAGACCACCGUGCUUGGUUCAGCAUGUUUCCGCUCAUCGAGUUUCUUAAGAACGAAAUGCGACGGGCUGACGUCAGCAACUGCCAACCGCUGUAUGCCAUGGUCCUGAUGCUGCAUGCGGUAUCGCUAGAUGAGUUGGUCAGAUGCUACGUCCGCUUUGACACCGUGACGGAAUGGGUGACGAAGGAGAUCAUCUCGAGAACACGCGAAAAGAACAAGAUCUGGCCACGAGUGCACGAAGUUUCUGCGAGCAUCCACGACCCCCGUCUUCGUGUCGACGUACAUCCAUGGUCCACGCUGGACGACAUUGCCGAGGCAUCACUACGCGUGUUGCGGGUAUGGUGCGCAGAAGAGAGGGUGGAAUGGGCUCCGGCGCAGUCACUCAAGGAUAUCUGGCCCGUCCAACCCGGUUCUGGCCGCAGAUGGAACAUGUAA